CCGCCCCUUUCCCCGCCCACCAAUCCCGGGUCCCCGCCGCUGCGCAGUGCCGCCCGCCCCGCCCACGCGUGACCCCGCGCCGACGCUCCCGGUGACGGCAGGAUGGCGGCCGCCAUGGCGUGGCUGCGGCGCGGCGCCUGGGGCCCGGCCCGGCGGUGCGGGCUGGCGGCCGGUCGGAGCUACAGCGGCGGCGGCGCCUACCCCAGCGUGUCGCUGAGCUGCCCGCUGCCCGGCGUGCCCAAGGCGGUGUUCGCGGCGGCCGAGGGCCGGGAGCAGUUCGAGACGCGGGUGACGGUGCUGGAGAACGGGCUGCGCGUCGCCUCGCAGAAGAAAUUCGGGCAGUUCUGCACCGUGGGCCUUCUUAUAAAUUCGGGAUCAAGACACGAAGCGAAAUACCUCAGCGGCAUCUCGCACUUCUUGGAAAAGCUGGCGUUCUCCUCCACAGCUCAGUUUGGCAGCAAAGACGAGAUUCUCCUCACGUUAGAGAAGCACGGGGGCAUUUGUGACUGCCAGGCAUCGAGGGACACCAUCAUGUACGCGGUUUCUGCUGACGCCAAAGGCCUGGACACAGUGGUCAACUUGCUGGCUGAUGUUGCGCUGCAGCCCAGGUUCUCAGAUGAGGAGAUUGAGAUGACGCGAAUGGCGAUACGAUUUGAGCUUGAAGACUUGAAUAUGAGACCUGACCCCGAGCCGCUCCUCACGGAGAUGAUCCACGCGGCAGCCUACAGAGACAACACGGUUGGACUGAACAGGUUCUGCCCAGUGGAAAAUACGGACAAAAUCGAUCGGGAAGUCCUGCACUCGUACCUGCGCAACUACUACACGCCGGACAGGAUGGUGCUCGCCGGCGUGGGGAUCGAGCACGAGCAGCUGGUGGAGUGUGCGAGGAAACACCUGCUGGGCGUGGAGCCCGCGUGGGGCAGCGGGCAGAGCGAGGACGUGGACAGAUCGGUGGCUCAGUACACGGGAGGCAUCGUCAAGGUUGAAAAAGAUAUGUCAGAUGUGAGUCUGGGCCCUACUCCCAUCCCAGAGCUCACCCACAUCAUGAUUGGCUUAGAAAGCUGCUCAUUUUUAGAAGAAGAUUUCAUUCCCUUUGCCGUCCUGAACAUGAUGAUGGGAGGCGGUGGCUCUUUUUCAGCCGGAGGGCCUGGCAAGGGCAUGUUCACCCGGCUGUAUCUCAAUGUGCUCAACAGGCACCACUGGAUGUAUAACGCGACCUCUUACCACCACAGUUACGAGGAUACAGGUCUUCUGUGUAUACACGCCAGUGCAGACCCAAAACAGGUUCGAGAGAUGGUGGAAAUCAUCACAAGAGAAUUCAUUCUAAUGGCAGGAGCCGUAGGGGAGGUCGAGCUUGAGCGAGCGAAGACGCAGCUGAAGUCCAUGCUCAUGAUGAACCUUGAGUCUCGGCCAGUUAUCUUUGAAGAUGUGGGAAGGCAAGUGUUGGCAACAAACACAAGGAAGCUGCCUCACGAGCUCUGUGCCCUCAUCAGUCAGGUGAAAUCUGCUGAUAUCAAGAGAGUGGUCACAAAGAUGCUUCAUAAGAAACCAGCUGUGGCUGCACUGGGUGACUUGACGGAUUUGCCCACUUACGAACACAUCCAGGCGGCACUUUCCAGUAAGGACGGGCGGCUCCCUCGGAAGUACCGGCUCUUCCGAUAAAGACUCGCUUCUUUUUUAAGGAAAGUAGACCCAUGAUGUAACUUAAGUUUCUGGCGAGUUCAUCUACAGAGAUACUAUGCAUAAUGCUCCACGGACACUGCCUCUAGAAUGAACGCGAUCCUGUUCUUCAGGUUUUUCACUUGCAAGUAAACCAUGCUAAAGAAUAAAAGCUCUUUUACUCCAGAGUUGAUACACAAAUGGGAUAUUAUUAAAGGAGUUGCUGCUGCUGCACCUUGAAUUUGUACCUGCUUUCUCCAAGUUGUCACGAUCAACAAAACUACAACAUUUAGAAAGCUCGUGAUCUUGAAAGUGACUGACCCUGCAUUACACAAAGAGACAUCAAACUAAGUACCAUGCGUCUGACACGCUGAAGAAAUGGAGACCCAAAAGAGAGGAAUAAAAUGUUUGAUUUCUAUAACCCCCUAACAUACAGGCUUACAAAUGCAGACAGUUGCAUUGCAGCACCUCACUGGCUAGAUGUGUAUUGUACGGAGUGAUCAGACUGGGAGCAGAACGCUGUGAGGCAGCUGUUACCGGCUUUAUCCCCAAACCUCCCCUCAUGCAACUGGAAGUCAACCUGUUACAUUGCUUCUUCUGGAACCCACAGUAUGGAUCUCCUAUCCAGUUGUGUAUGUUUGUAAGAAAAUAAACGAGACCUCUAAGUGACUGGAACAA